AUGAACUGGAGAGCCGAAGGAGGAGGCAGGGUUGGUUGCAUUCCUCUUCCUUCCGGCGGCUUCUUAUAUUACCGGCCAGACUGUUGUCGUUGA